UAUUGCAGUAAUGAAGCUGAACAAAUAUGGAAGAAUAUCAGCAACAGAGAAGACUUCAAUCAAUUGAAAGAGAGCACGCACAAAAAUGAGGGAGCAGAUCAUCAUAUAAUUGAGUCGCUCUCGACAGUGUGUGAGACCAUAUGGACACUGGGACUCCAUCAGACUUUUCUGCUGCUAUUAAUAAUAGGGAGAUGGCUUCUUCCCAUUGGUGGUGAAAUCACUCGUGAUCAGUUGUCACAGCUGCUGCUUAUGUUCGUGGGAACUGCAGCGGACAUACUUGAAUUCACUAGUGAGACCUUGGAAGUAGAAAAUGUAAGGCAUAACCACAUUCUUGUGUAUGCGAUUCUUGGUGUAUGGACCUGGAGUAUGUUGCAGUUUCCACUCGAUCUUGCAGUGCAACAUAUUGGCUGCAAACUGUCUGUGUCAUCUAAGAGAGUCCCGACUUUACUGCUUUGCCGAUACAGCGCAGACCUGUGGAACAUUGGAAUCAGCCUUUUCAUACAAGAUGGCCCUUUCCUUGUUUUACGCUUGAUACUGAUGAGCUAUUUUAAAGUAAUCAAUCAGAUGCUGGUGUUUUUCACAGCUAAGAAUAUCUUAAUUGUGAUGUUACAACUUUAUCGUCUAAUUGUGCUGUUGUUAAACUUCCGUGCUUCCCUCCAGUAUCUGCCAAGCAGUCGGAUGGGAGGAGUCAGCUGCUGUCCAUGUGAGCCUAAUGAUACCAUGCUCCCACCCAGUGACUGGGAUACUGAUAUGAGAGAAUGUACUGCUAUUCCUCUGGAGAAUUCACCAGUCCCAUCUGAAUAUCCGUGAACUCAGCUGUUUAUUGGCUACAAUAUGGUCUGUUUCCUGUGGCCUUUUGGAAGGGUUUGGCAUCCUUGAAUUAUCAAACAAUGCUUGUGGUUCUUAAUCUUCUUCCUUCAAUCUCACAAUGAAUUUUUCAUCUAAAAACCAGGAGAAGACUUUGAAGUCUGCCAACCUUCAUAUUCUAUGAAACAAUGUCACAGAAAUAAGAACUUUUUGAACCUAGUGAUUGGGGUGGGGGAUGUUUCCACUACAUCCGUAUUAUAUGUAUCCAGUGGGCGUAAGUAGGUAUAGUUUAUAGAACUACAAGGUUUGAAAUUGUAUGUACUGCAUUGAUGAACUUGGUUAAUGUCAUAGGAGGCAUUAUGCUAAAAAAUAUCCUCAAAUAUAUUUAUACAGAAGGGCAGACAUAUCAGGACAGUUAUGUGGAAUUUAGGAGCCUUUAACUUUGUUUUCACAUGCUGUCAAUGGAAGCAAUGUGAUGAAUUACAGGUAAAUAUAACCCAGAAUUACUUCAGCUAUGGCAAUUGCAUAGGACUGUAAGCAAAUGAAGAUCAUGUGUUUACACUGUCACUGUGAUACUAAAACAUCAUCCUUUCCCUGAACGUAAGAAAAACUAUUUUAUGUUACCUCACCAGUAAUUUGAUUCAGUGAAAGCUCCAAUGACAAGGAGUAGCACAAAGGACCAUGAAAGUUCUUUCUCAAUGAUCGCUGAUUUUUUGGGGCUCGCCUGGAACCAAAUCUAAAACAUUUUAAUUUGACAUUACAGUUCACUAUAGUGAAAAAUGUUUCUGCUGUGAGCCACAUUCUUCAUUUCUGGCACAAUCAGAGAUGGAUAAAACAAUGAAAAAAAGUCACAAAAUACUUUGAAGGGUUUUUUUCCAUUUCACAGUGUUUGAAAGUGAGCUAAUUCAGGAAAUAUCUUAUUUUUAAAUUGUAAUUCUUAUGACUGUCCUGAAACAUGUAGUCUCAUUGAAGGCAAGGGAAUCUUUGUAUAAGACAAAAAACAAAAAAGGACUUGGACUCUCAGGCUACAUACAAUUUUUAUUUUGGGAGAAGGAUGC